AUGAAGAAAGAAUUCCAGGAAGGAAUCGGUGUCAGUGGAACAUUCCACGAUCCCUUAAAUAUGAAGCCUUAUAAAUGGUCACUUUUUGAAUGUCAAAUAUUUAUUUUCAUCUUUUUUCCUUUUACUCUACCUUUUGGCUUUGUCUCUCACCUCUUAGUAAAAGUGAUGGUUGUCAAAGGUGCCGUGUUUUCUUCAUCUCCGAGGGACAAGUUAAUAAAUUGA